GACCGAUCAAUAGUUCCGCAGACAUAUGCUUCUCGGAAGCUGCCGUGUAGUGACGGUACAACAAGUACUGGCUAGCCGUCAUGUCUGCUUACAUUCUGGGUUUGGAUGUGGGCACCACCUCGAUUAAAGCCGUUUUACUAGAAAAACGGACCGGGGCAGUUGCUGCAAGUCAGAGUUUACCAUCUGCUUCUGAUAUUGCAGAUUUUAGCGGCAUAAAAGCCAAGGAGCAGGACUGUGUACAGAUUGUGGACACACUCAACCGCUGCAUUGGACUUCUGCCGAGAGACCAACUGCAGAAUGUGGUCAAGAUUGGGGUAUCAGGACAAAUGCACGGUGUUUUAUUUUGGAAAGCUAACAGCGGUUGCGAUUGGUCCAAUGGCAACUUCUUCACAGCCGGUCACGUCAGUCAGCUGAUCACCUGGCAAGAUGGCCGAUGCAGCAACACUUUCCUGUAUUCCCUUCCGAAACCGGACUCGCAUCUCAGCGUAUCCACAGGAUUUGGUUGUGCAACAAUCUUUUGGUUCAUGAAACACAGGCCCGAGUUCCUCAAGGACUUCACAGUUUCAGGUACUAUCCAAGACUAUGUGGUAGCCAUGUUGUGUGGCUUGGAUAGAUGUGUCAUGACUCCUCAGAAUGCAGCCAGUUGGGGUUUCUACAACACAUCUACCAACAUGUGGAAUGUGGAUAUUCUGAAUGCCACAGGCUUUCCUUUGCACCUACUACCUCAGUCUGUCCCUUCUGGUGAAUUGGUGGGUCACACAUGUCAUGACUGGCAUGGCAUCCCUGCUGGUACGCCAGUAGGGGGCGCUCUUGGAGACUUACAGUGCGCUGUCUACUCCUGCCUGAGUGCAAAGACUGAUGCAGUUCUUAACAUAAGCACCUCAGCACAGUUGACAUUCGCUAUGCCAGCUGACUUCAAACCUCCCGACUUUCCUCAGCCGCACUCCUCCACCACAUUCUUCCCGUACUUUGGCUGCUCGUACUUGGUAGUGGCCGCGUCACUCAAUGGAGGCAACGUGCUGGCCUCGUUUGUGCAGAUGAUCGCUGGCUGGAUGAAAGAGCUUGGCGUGGAGCUGAGUGAUCAGUCUCUCUAUGACAAGAUGAUUCAAUGUGCGCUGGAACAUGAAAGCAGCGAACUCCAAGUGAUUCCGACCAUCCUGGGAGAAAGACACGCCCCUUUCUCUCUGGGUCAGAUGAACAACAUCUCUACAUCCAACCUUUCUCUGGGUCACGUGACGAGAGCGGUAUGCCGCGGUAUCGUGGAUAACCUCUGCGCCAUGAUGCCUGCGGAGCUUCUGCGACAGGCGGGGAUCAGCAGGAUUGUGGGAAGCGGGAGCGCCAUUGCUCGUAAUGAGGUUCUCAGACAGGAAGUGGAGAGAGCGUUCACUCAGACUGUGAUAUACAAACAAAGUGCUGACUCUGCUGUGGGUGUGGCUUUGGUCUUCUGUGACUGACUUGGAUCCACUGAGGAUGCUUGUGUCUGAGUGACAUCUUUCUUGUCAAGCUGGCUAACUAGUAGUUUUGUUUAAUCGAAGGGUUAAAUGGGCUAACGCAUUGGUCUUUUUUUUAAUCUAUGGCACAUUCUAGAAAAAAAUUCAAUACGGACCACAUAACAGUGUGAAAGAGUAUAUAAAAUAGGUAGGGAAAAAUAUUUGUAUGGCAUAUAUUGCAAUACUUUCUCCACUGAUAAAAUAUAGAUUUAAAUUUAUAUCGAUUUUAUUUUUCUUUAGUCGUAAUGGCUUUGAAGCCGGUUGUAAGUCAUUUUCCAUGGCUUCCCCUAACUCUCCCAUGUCCGAAUUUUUUCCUCCGCAACCGUCGAAGCCGCACACCACUAGGCCUGUCGGUACCCGUCUGCUGCCUCCGGAGUCCCAUGAGCCAAAAGGACCCAAUAGGACUCUUUUUUUCAGCUUGACGGCAUCCCUCACUGCUGGUGUGCACCAGCGGGUUUUAGGAUUACCGCCACGACAGGCACCAACACCCUUGCGGCCACAGCUCCAAUCGGCCGCCUCGACAAUAGAGGCAUGUAACAUAGUCCAAUUGGACUCAAUAUCCAGUGCCUCCCUCGUGACAUGUUCAAAGUUCUUCCGGAGGUGGGAAAUGAAACUCUCUCUAACAGGAGACUGACAGACGUUCCCAGCAGACCCUCACAAUGCGUUUGGGCCUGCCAGGUCUGUCCGGCAUCCUCCCCCACCAUCGCAGCCAACUCACCACUAGGUGGUGAUCGGUAGAAAGCUCCGCCCCUCUCUUCACCCGAGUGUCCAAACCAUGAGGCCACAAAUCCGAUGACACAACUACAAAGUCGAUCAUGGAACCGCGGCCUAGGGUGUCCCAGUGCCAAGUGCACAUAUGGACACCCUUAUGUUUGAUCAUGGUGUUUGUUAUGGACAAUCUGUGACGAGCACAAAAGUCCAAUAAGAAAACACCACUCGGGUUCAGUUCCGGGCGGCCAUUCUUCCCAAUCGCGCCUCUCCAGGUUUCACUGUCAUUGCCAACAUAAGCGUUGAAGUCACCCAGCAGAACAACGGAAUCACCUGAGAGAUCACUCUCCAGUACUCCCUCAAAGGAAUCCAAAAAUAGUGGGUACUCUGAGCUGCAUUAGUCAUAUUAUUGCCAGCUGCACACACAGACACAUACAUAAAAUGAAAGUGAACAAACGGGAUGUACUUAAAGAAUUUGUUCGGAAGGCAAAACAGAAAAAGGGUAUAGUCUACUUAAGUUGUACAUAGAACACCAAAAAAGGAAACAUAUGGCGUUAGACCAACCAAAUAUUGCAUGAUAUCCUUUGAUAUUAAAUGAUUACUAAAAUUUGCAUUUUUGCAAACUUUCUGUUUUUCACCCAUGGAUUGCUGCUUUAGGCCAUGUCCACACGAACACAGAUAUUUAAUAAACGCAUACUUAUCUCUGCAUUUAGGCCUCUUGUCCACUCACAGAUGCAUACUUUUGCCUUUAAAAACGCAGACUUUUGCAAGCGCCAAAGUGUAGAGGUCCAAAACUCGCCACUUAGCGUAUGCGUGUACAGAGCACAAACAGAGACUUGUGAUGACGUCGCGGUCAUUUCCAAGCUCAACAACACAGCCUUGCUGCCUUUAAACACACUAUAAGAUUACUUAAUGUAUGUUUGAACAUAAAAGUGUUGCUAGUUUCACUCAACAUUAACAAAAAAGAAUCAGCGAAAUGGGCUUUGCAACAUUCCCGCCGGCGCUAAUGACAGUCAGCUGUUUUGGAUAUGAUCACUGUGGAACUUUCAACUGAUGGAAAACCUUUGACAUGCAAGGCUUUUUGCUGUGUGUCAUAAGAAAAGUGCAACAAUACUUUAUGUUUUUAGUCCUUGUUUAAGGACAAAUCGUGAAAUUAACUUAAGUGUCUUGCGUCCAUUUUCAUAGAUGUUGCCGGGCGCGACCAUGCUCGCCCGUAAACAGCAAUUUAAAAAAAAACGUGUCCUCAUUGUAGUGUGUACUGAUGUUAAAGACAAUAUAUACUUAAUUACACAUGUAAUAUAUCGCUAUAACCAAUGACUAAAUGCUUUAUAAUUCCAUGACAGUUUUGCAGCGGCACACCCAUGUCCGCGCAUUUUAUAUAGACACUUAAACAUGCAAAAGGGUUUCGUUAGUGUGUGCUGAUUAGAAAUAAUGUACACUUCACAGCACAUGUAUUACAUCACCAUGUGGCUGAACAUGUUAUAAUUCUAUCAUUAGAUUAGAUUAGAUUAGAUAGUACUUUAUUUAUUCCGUCAGGAGAGUUCCUUCAGGAAAAUUACAAUUUUCAGCACAAUCCCAUUCAAGAUCAAACAAACAUUACAGGGAGACAGAACAGGAUCGCUGACGGGUCUGCCGGCUUCCAGCGCCCCUUACAGAAAAGAUGACAUAGAGGUAAACGGGGGGGGGGGGGAGAUGGGAGAAAAGAAUAGAAGAUAAAAAUAAAAUUUUAAAAAUUGGUCUCAGCCUGGGCCCUGGAGUGGGGGUGCAGACUGAGGCCAAGGGAAAAAAACAACAACUCAUAGCCAUAGUACACAUCCCUCUUCCAUGUGUGUAAGAGGGAAACAUCAAACAUCAAAAAACACAGAGGACAUUAAAGACAUUAAAGCAGCAGAUACAACCAGACACUUCUACAUACAUCUAUGAAUAAAAAGCAAAAUAAACAUAUCCACUGUGGUGGCCUCUGCGGUGUUCCACGCCAUUGUCCGCUGGGGAGGAGGGAGCAUGGCCAGAGACAGGAGCAGACCCAACAAAGCAACCGAGACAGCCGACUCCACUCGGCCAGUGUCCAGUCCGCAUGGAUGAGCGAGGAUACGUCCAAGGUGACUGAGGUGUCCGACACCUGCUCACCCAGCCAAGACACCGCGAAGCCUCUCCGUCCCAGCGCUCAGUGCUAGCUCCGCAGCUCUGUCCCCCUCAUCCGCAUCUCCUCCAGUCCCUCCAAACCGACUCUGGUGUAGCAGAGACCCAGCAGCUGGUCUCCAUGGCCAAAAGGCUCCCGGGAGGCGGAUCCAGAAGUCCACAAAAAAAGCACCACAGAGGUCACGAAAGUGCCACCCCUUGUCACACAGUCCCAAAGGGUCCUGGACCAAAAUGCAAAAAAAUAUAAUAACACAUGAAAACAAGAAGGAAACACAAAAGGAUGAUGCAAGAGCACAGAGCUCCUGCCUACAGCAGCCACUCCAGCAGCGCCAUCUUGGAAAAAAAAAAAAAAAAGUGUUGGGUUUCAGCAGCAGAGGCG